AUGGAGGAUACAACUAAACUCAACAAGUCCAAAUUGGGUACGAAGGAAUAUUGGGAUGAAUUCUAUGCCCUUGAGAAGAACAAUUUUGAAAAUAACCCAGAGGAUACCGGAGAAUGUUGGUUCGAUGAUAACGAUGCAGAAGCUAAGAUGGUAAGUUUCCUGGAGGAUAACAUUGGUAUGCAUCAUAUAGAACACGGCUGUUCCAUUUGUGAUUUGGGUACAGGUAAUGGACACCUUUUGUUUGAAUUGGUCGAAAGUGGAUUUAAUGGACCCAUGUUGGGAGUUGAUUAUUCUGAACAAAGUAUAGAGUUUGCAAAAGAAGUGGCUCAAACGAAGGGAUUACCGGUCGAAUUUUCCGCUAAAGAUAUAUUUGACGAAUUCUGGACACCUUCAAAAUUUGACCUAGUCCUUGAUAAGGGAACUUUAGACGCAAUAGCAUUAAGUGGAUUGACGAGGGAAAAUGGUAAAAGUUUAGUAGAAUUAUACUCUCAGGUCGUAGAAAAAUUGUUGGUUAAAGGUGGUGUUUUCUUAAUUACAUCUUGCAAUUUUACAGAAUCCGAAUUGAUUAAAAUUAUACAAACUGAAAACUUAAAAGUUUGGAAUAAGAUUAAUUAUCCAUCUUUUUCAUUUGGCGGUGUACAGGGCACUGCCAUAUGCAGUAUAGCAUUUGUCAAAUUGAGCUAA